AUGGCAACGGUUCAAGAAGGUGUAGAGCCAAGCUCUCCAAAGAACUUCUAUAGUCAAUCUCAACCUGUCGACGUCGAUCUCAAAGAUGAGGGCGAAUACACUCAAGCGGGAGAGCUGAACUUUGAAGAAUCUACCGCAGGAGGUCUUGGUCGCCAUUUAGGUGUUUUCUCAACAAUCUUCUUGAUUGUUGGUCGCAUCAUCGGUACUGGAAUUUUCUCAACUCCUUCGUCCGUCACAAAUGGUGUUGGUAGCGUGGGGGCUGCAUUGAUGCUCUGGGUUCUCGGUCUUCUACUGGCUGGCGCAGGUCUUUGCGUCUGGAUUGAACUGGGAUGUUUGAUUCCACGAAGUGGUGGAGAAAAGGUUUACUUGGAGGCUGUCUAUCGUCGGCCUAAACUGUUGAUCACAGUCGUUUUCGCUGUACAAGCUGUUCUUCUGGGAUUCACAGCUUCCGGAUGCGUUGUCUUUGCCUCGUAUAUUUGGAAGGCAGCUGGAAGAGUAGCCUCGGAGUGGGAAGAGCGCGGCGUCGCAAUUGCAGUUAUCGUGUCCAUCACAUGUCUGCAUACCUUCUUACCCAAAUGGGGUGUGCAUGGUAUGAACGUGAUCGGUGUAUACAAGAUCAUUCUUCUCCUCUUCAUUGUUGUCACUGGCUGGGUUGUUUUGAGCGGAAGAGUUGCAAGCAUCCCUGACCCUCACGUCAACUUCCGCAACGCAUUCAAGGGCUCUGUUCAGUCAAGCAAUCCUUAUGCGAUUGCACUAUUCAAAGUCUUGAACUCUUAUACUGGAUGGUCGAAUGCCGCCUAUGUUCUGAACGAAGUUCGCAAUCCUGUCCGCACCCUUAAGAUCGCCGGUCCGAUCGGUCUUGCCAUCUGCGGAACCCUAUACAUCCUCGCAAACGUUGCUUACUACGCUGCGGCCACUCCAGAGGAGAUUUCAGAAAGUGGAGUUACGGUCGCUGCCUUUUUCAUGACCAAGGUGUUUGGAGAGGCAGCUGGAAGGGCAGUAAGUGCCCUGGUUGCUGUUUCAGCGUUCGGUAAUGUCUUGACCGUUACAUUCGCGCAAGCUCGUGUCAACCAAGAGCUAGCAAAGGAAGGAGUCAUUCCAUUCCCCAAAUUUUGGGCUUCAAGCUGGCCCUUCGGUUCUCCAUCCGCUGGCCUACUGCUACAUUUCAUCCCAUCUUUUAUCGUCAUUAUCGCGAUUCCCUUUGGAGAUGCAUACAAUUUCAUUCUCGACCUGGAAGGAUAUCCGGCUAGUGUGAUCAACUUCUUGGUUGUGGUGGGACUGUUUUACCUCCGGUGGGAAUCUCCCAAGCUUCAUCGCCCAUUCAAAGUUUGGUGGCCUGUAGCCUUUUUCUUUAUGCUUGGGCAGGCCUUCCAGCUGGUUGCUCCAUUCGUCAGACCACCAGGAGGAACUGGAGAUACUUCCCUUCCAUACUGGCUCUCCUCUGUCGUUGGAAUUGCUAUUCUUCUGUCGGGCGUCGUUUACUGGGCUAUCUGGCAAAAGGUCCUCCCAGCUAUUGGAAAAUAUCACCUGGUCCCAGAACAUGAUCACCUUUCUGAUGGCACAGCGGUUAUCAUUUACAAAAAGCAGAAAUAG